AUGAUCGAUCAUAGGAGCAGACAGCACCGUAUAUCUCGGAGCAUCUUCCCGUCGAUCGUUCGUGCCGCUCACGAAGCAGCCCGGCACGACACUGGUCUGCUGGUCAUUCACGAAGAAUCCUCCUCUGCCGUCUUCCCGUCUUCCCUGCAAAUAUCGCCUAAUACUGCCCCUCCCAACUUGCUCAUCAGAAGCCACGUUGGGCGUGCGCGCACUUGGUUCGAUUCCAUGUCCAUCAUCAUCAUCUCUUUCGGCGUGAUGAGUAUGUAUGCUGAGGAUGCACUUGUGUCCCCUCGUCUUCAUAGUGUACGUGAACUGGAUCGGCUUUCAUCUCGUCACGUCGAGGGCGAUCUGAAAUUCGUUUGCUGGAAGCUUUGUCAUCUUUUCGACGCCUGCUUGAAAGGGUGGUGGACUCCUGUUCCCAAAAUCUGA